ACAUAUUUUUUUUUUCAAAGAAAAAAGAGAAAUUAAGAUAUAGCAUAGUUUUUCAAAUUUGAUAAACUUAAGCUAUUAAAAACCCUUGCAACGAUUAUAUUGUCGGUGUUACGACUGCGUCUCUUGCGAGCCGUCUUUAUAUCGUUAAAGAGCGUAACAACCGUUUUUUAACUCCUUUUUGACGAAAAUCCCAAAUAGAGCCAACCCCAAAAUGGCGACGCCACCGCAGGCGGCGGCAGGUGGGAACUUCGAAGCACCACCACCGCCGGCGAUGCAGCCUCCUGGAACGGAUAUGACAGGUAUAUGUUUCAGAGAUCAAUUGUGGCUGAACACGUAUCCUCUUGAUCGAAACUUGAUCUUCGAUUACUUUGCUCUGUCCCCGUUCUAUGAUUGGACCUGCAACAACGAGCAGCUGAGGAUGCGUUCCAUUCACCCUCUCGACAUCACUCAACUCUCGAAAAUGACCGGCAUAGAGUACAUGCUUAGUGAAGUUAUGGAGCCACACCUCUUUGUUAUCCGUAAGCAAAAGAGGGACAGUCCAGAGAAAGUCACGCCGAUGCUGGCAUAUUACAUAUUGGAUGGUUCCAUUUACCAAGCACCACAGCUUUGUAACGUCUUUGCGGCUCGAGUUGGACGUGCUCUCUAUUAUAUAUCAAAAGCUUUUACCACUGCUGCAUCAAAAUUGGAGAAGAUUGGAUACGUUGAUACUGAAAAUGAGAGUGAAACUUUUGAAUCAAAGGGUGGUAAAGAGGCAAUUGACUUUAAGGAAGUUAAGCGUGUGGAUCAUAUUCUCAACUCCUUACAGCGAAAGUUACCACCAGCUCCUCCACUGCCCCCAUUUCCAGAUGGCUUUAUUCCCCCUGCAACAACAGAAGCAGAGAAAGACCCAGAAAACCAGCAAGCAGUAGAAGCUCAACCCCCUGCUGUUGAUCCCAUCAUUGAUCAAGGUCCAGCUAAGAGAAUGAAAUUUUGAAGUAGAAGAGCCACCACCUUGUUUUUCCCAUUUCAAUAGAGCAUUAGAACUCUUUUAGGCUCGUAUUAGCCCCUAGCUGAGAGAAGGGAAUAUCUAAUGUAAUGAUAAGUGUCUGUUGAGAAGGGAAUUUAACUGCUUAUGCUAAGCAAAAAUUAAACUCAUCAUCCAGACAUUGAGCUGCAUUCUGCUUAAUUAUGUAACACAAUCAUUUUCUUACCAAGAUGUGAUUUAUUCUCCAUGUUUCCUAUAUUUUGGCGAUGUUGAAAUAUGGUUUAGAGAAGUUUCGAGUUCCUUUUGGUUCAUAAAUUGCAGUUGGAAACCUCUAUAUGU